CCGCGCUGUCAAAACCAGGAAGUUAAAAAUGUAAAGUAUUAUGCGGCAUCUCCAUGGGCAUCCCCUCUCAUUGAUAUCAUUUCCUCAUGUGUUCUUUUUUGUAAACGCCCUUUCUAACCACAAGCACCUGGACGUGUUGGGUUUAUGCUCUUUAAGGCACACGGCAUGCUAACCCAUCUGUCUUUGGAGCAAAGGAAAUUCGAUUACACUAAUGCUGAUGAUUAGUCCCAGAAUGGCUUCAGGAAUGCAAGAGAAACAGUUCACACCAUCCCUGCUGAACUUUUUCGUCUACAACCCCACAUUUGGGCCUCGGGAAGGAGAGGAAGAAAAGAAGAUCUUGUUUUACCACCCAAGUGAUGUGGAGAAGAAUGAGAAGAUCAGAAAUGUGGGCCUUUGUGAGGCCAUUGUUCAGUUCACAAGGACUUUCUGUCCAACCAAACCAGCUAAAUCCCUGCACACACAGAAGAACCGUCAGUUUUUCUUUGAGCCCGAGGACAAUUUCUGGAUAGUCAUGGUGGUUCGAAACCCAAUGAUUGAGAAACCAAACAAAGAUGGUAAACCUCCCACAGUAGAAUAUCAGGAAGAGGAAAUACUUGACACUGUUUAUGGUGCAGUGGUAAGGCAAUGCUACAGUAUGUACAAGCUCUUCAAUGGUACGUUUGGCAGAGCAAUGGAAGCCGGCGGGGUGGAGCUGCUAAUUCAGAAGCUUGAAAAGUUCUUCUACAGGUAUCUUCAGACUCUCCACUUGCAGUCCUGCGACUUACUGGACGUAUUCAGUGGCAUCAGCUUCUUCCCACUGGACAAGAUGACCUACCUGAAGAUCCAGUCCUUCGUCAACAGAGUGGAGGAGAGCCUAAGUCUGAUCAAAUACACGGCCUUCCUGUAUAACGACCAGCUUAUCUGGAGCGGACUGGAACAAGAUGAUAUGAGGAUCCUGUACAAGUACCUGACCACCUCGCUGUUCCCCAGACACUCUGAACCAGAGUUGGCUGGCCGGGACUCUCCUCUGAGGCCAGAGGUCGCAGGGAAUCUGUUGCACUAUGGGAGGUUUUUGACAGGACCUACUAAUCUCAAAGAUCCAGAGGCCAAAUUCCGAUUUCCCAAAAUAUUUGUCAGCACAGAGGACGGCUAUGAGGAGCUGCAUCUGAUUGUAUAUAAGGCGAUGAGCGCUGCAACUUGUUUUAUGAUCAGUGCCUCUGUGGAGCUGACGAGGGACUUCUGCGAACAGCUCGACGGCUUAGUGGGCCCUCAACUUACUUUGCUGGCAUCUGACAUAUGUGAACAGUUCACAGUUAACCGCAGGAUAUCAGGUCCAGAGAAGGAGCCCCAGUUUAAAUUCAUCUACUUCAACCACAUGAACCUGGCGGAGAAGAGCACCAUCCACAUGAGGAAGACUGCCAGUGUUUGCCUCACCUCUGUCCACCCUGACCUCAUGAAGAUCCUGGGAGACAUCAACUGUGACUUCGCCAGGGUUGAUGAAGAUGAAGAAAUCAUCGUAAAGGCAAUGACAGACUACUGGGUAGUCGGCAAGAAGUCAGACCAGAGAGAACUGUAUGUGAUCCUCAAUCAGAAGAACGCCAACCUGAUCGAAGUAAACGAGGAAGUUAAGAGGCUUUGUGCGACGCAGUUCAACAACAUUUUCUUUUUGGACUGAUGGAGCUGUCAGACGGAGGCUGUUUCACCACACUAAAUCUGUCAGUGUUGCAGGGUAUCAUGACAGCAUCAGCGUAAUGCAAUAAUUGCAUUGUAAAAUAACAAAUAAAAAGUCAAAGCUUUCUAA